AUGGCUGCUGAGAAAAAGCAGCGCGAAGAAAGAGAAGGAAAAGGACAACCACUAUUUGUCUUUGGAUCAAAGAUAUCUGACAGAGUUGUCAAGGAGAAUCCGCCGGCAUCCUCCAAUGGUAAGGCAGCUGAGGGAGAUUCUGAAGAUAAACCUAGGACUGCUGAAGAAUUGUUUAAAAAUGCUGCUCAACAAGAUUAUCCGGAAAACAUUCAGCAAGAACGGCAUGACUUUAUUGCUGAGGCCAAGGAAGCGGCGGAAAAGAAGAAGGAGCAUGAUAAGCCUAGCACAAGCGUAGUCACAGUCAUGACUGGGGAGGAGAACGACAUCAAUAUAUUCCAGACUGCUUGCAAACUACAUUCGUUUGAUAAAGAUAAGAAGACGUGGGUAGAGAAAGGGCUCUCUCAGAUUCGCAUCAAUCAAAGAAAUGAAGAUGGAGAGGUGCACCAUCGUAUUGGUGUGUUUAAUUAG